AGUCGCGCGCCAACGUCCACGUGGACUCCGUAUAUACUGGUUCCUCGUUAUUUUUUUUCAUCGUCACCAUCAUCAUCAUCUUCUACGGCUGCGGCGACGUAUACGCGCGAACGGUACUGUGUCCGCCGCGGCAAAAUGUGAAUGACGCGGCUUCGAUUCAUCGACGAGGGUAUAUCUGCCAACGCGUCGUACAGUAUAUUGUAAAGAGAGCUUAUUAUACGAGCUGCGAAGGCUGUGGACUGAUGUGCUUCCGGGGGAGAGGAGCUUUAUGACAUACGUACGUGCGCUCGCUCUUUGGAAAGUCUCUGUGAAGAAGCUUGAACACGGAGUGAUAAUAGAGGAAAAUUUUCUAAGAAUCCGUACAGUGUCGUAGUUAUAUUUUUGUAAAGCCAAGACUGCCUCUACGAUGUGCAUGGCACAUCCGAAAUGAAUUUAUAGCAGAGACAUCGUCGAAUCGCAACUCGAAUAAUUGCUAUUUUUUACAACAGUAAUCAGAGAGAAUCAACGGACGAAAAAUGGCGUACGACGACGUUAUCACGGAGAUGGGCCAGUUCGGCAAGUACCAGCGCAGGAUAUACCUACUGCUCUGCCUGCCGGCCAUAUCAUGCGCUUUCCACAAGCUCGCCGGAGUUUUCCUCGGGGCCAAGAUGGCUUCAAGGUGUGCACUGCCCUUCGAUACCGACAACUCGUCGUUUUUUCUCCCGGAGCACGUGAUGAACGCGAGUUAUCCCUGGGAUUACAAAGCUAAAAAUUGGUCCCAAUGCGAGCGUUACAGCGACGUGUCCGGCGUCGGCCCGACGAGGGUCGACUUCUACCUGACGGACAAGUUCAACGCCGGCCGGAAGACCAGCACCUGCCACGACUUCGUCUACGACAGGAGCAAUUACCAGAGCUCGACCACCUCCGAGUGGGACCUGGUCUGCGACCGGGAAUGGCUCCGAGCCCUGAGCGACUCGCUGUUCAUGGUCGGCGUCAUGCUCGGCUCGACGAUCUUCGGAGCGCUGAGCGACAAGUACGGACGACGGCCGAUAUUCUUCCUCUCGCUGGUCAUACAGCUGGUCGGUGGCAUCGCCGUCGCGCUGACGCCCGAGUUUAUAUCCUACGUCAUCUUCAGGGCCAUCGUAGGCUCGACCACGAGCGGCGUCUUCCUCGUCGCCUAUGUCAUCGCCCUGGAGAUGGUGGGACCGCAGAAGCGUCUCAUAGCCGGUGUCGGGUGUCAACUGUUCUUCACCGCCGGCUACAUUAUGAUAGCCGGCUUCGCCUAUUACAUCACGGAUUGGAGGAUGCUGCAGCUGGCUCUCACAGUGCCCAGCGUAGCGUUUCUUCUCUACUGGUGGUUCAUCCCUGAAUCGGCUCGUUGGCUGCUGACGAAGAACCGCAACAAGGAGGCGAUGGAGCUGCUGCAGAAAGCUUCGCGGGAAAACGGCGUCGAGAUCCCCGAGUCGACCCUCGAGAGGCUCCUCGACGAAUCCAACAGCGACAGCACACCCGACAGCAAGAAGCCCUCCUUGUUCGACCUCUUCCGCUACCCCAACCUCAGGAGAAAGAGUCUCUUGUUAUUCUUCAAUUGGCUCGUAAACAGCGGCACGUAUUAUGGACUCUCCUGGAACUCCUCGACCCUCGGCGGCAACGAUUACACGAAUUUCGUCAUAUUGGGUCUCGUCGAGAUACCGGCUUACACCUUUCUUAUUUUCACGCUCAAUCGCUGGGGCAGGAAAGUGAUUUUAUGCGGAUGCAUGAUAGCGUCCGGUCUGGCCCUCAUUGCGAUGUUAUUUAUACCGACCGAAAUGGUUUGGCUGAAGGUGACGUUCGCGAUGAUCGCGAAAUUGGCCAUCACCUCGUCGUACGGUACAAUCUAUGUCUUCACCGCUGAACAGUUUCCCACGGUCAUCAGGAACGUCGGUCUCGGAGCAAGUUCGACAUUUGCUCGAGUGGGCGGAGUCAUCGCUCCCUACAUCAACUACUUGGGAUAUUAUUGGGCACCACUGCCGUUCGUCAUCUUUGGCUUCUGCUCGCUGCUGGGAGGCUCGCUGUCGCUACUGCUGCCCGAGACUCUCAACAAGAAGCUGCCCGAGACUAUACAGGACAGCGAGGCUUUUGGAAUGAAGCCAGCCAAAGUUCACAAGAAUGGCUUGGAUAUAAGCGAUAUAAAAAAUACGAAAAAUGCGAAUGACGUGAACGCGUGAGGUUGAAAUCGAACCGCUGAAAGCGUGUCUAAAAUUCCUUUUUAGUUUGAUCAGAUAAUUUAUACGACCUGUUUUGCUAAUUGACUGAGUUUUGCAGCCAAGUUUUUCGAUGGUAUUUUUGACAAUUACAUUCGAAGUCGUGCACGUCUUUAGAUAGUGUACGAGAAGUGGACCUUGACGGUUCGGGAUUGCAAAUUCACAAUAUAUGUGUAUCAAUUCCUGAACCGUUUCUUUUGAUAAAGAACGCACAAUUUAUUUCUGAUGAAAAUAUUAAGUCGAAGUACAGUACGAGCAGUUUAUACCUUUAUCAUUUGUAUUUAUCAGAAGGUAACUAUUAGUUUAUUAAGUUAGAGGCGUACGUUGCAAGUUAGUCAAAGUGAGUUUAUUAUAGAAAGAAAUCUGAAAAAAUAACUCAAUACUGUUCAAUUUAACGCACAACGAGGUACAUUCUUUAUGACAUACUUGCUUUAUAUUGUCUUGCCGUAAAGCGGUUACUGCUAACUUGCAAAGGAAAACUAAAGUAUACUGUCUUUAUAUAAGUUUACAAUCGUAAUAAUACUACGUCGAAAAUGUAUCCACCGUAUUUCUUCCUGCAUCAAAGACUGAGAAAACAACAUGAAAGUAACCUUAGGCUAAUUAUUAGAUGAUGUCGUUUGGAUGUCUGCAGAGGAAAUACCACAAAACGGAUUAAUCGCAAUUUUAUGCAUUCGACGCCCUAUGCUUACUCUGUAAGGAUUAUGAGAUAAAGUUAAAUUUGUUAAAUGUUUUUUAAUAAAAUUUGAAAUUUUUCAAAUUCAAAUCAUUUCAACAAAUGCGUUAAGGAUGUUUAACAUUUCCGAAUAAUAUUAUUUUUUUAAUUUGUACAAUUAUAAUUUAAUAAAACCACACAAAGUAAGUUAUGAAA